GAGGAAGUACGUGUAACGAAGGCCGGUGGCUGGAGUUGCUAGAGUUGGUGCCUCACUCUGAAGGUUCCCCGGCGUCCGGACAGCUGAGCGGGCUCGGAGCUUCGGGAACUUUUCUCCAGCCCAGCCAGGUAACCAUUCCAUGGUCUGAAUGGGGAACAAAAUCUUCUGAAAUCUCAGAACAGCGCUUUUUUCUUCAACAUGGAGGACAAGAGACAGCGAGCCCGAGUGCAGGGAGCCUGGGCUACACCUUCCAAGAGCCAGUCUGCCGCUAGACCAGCUACUCCUGCCAGGAGCCGUCUUUCCCAGACAGCAGGGCCAGCCUGGAGGAGCAAUGAACAGCAGCCAUGUGACCGACAGUUCGUGUUCAAAGAACCUCAGCUGGUUGUUCGUCCAGCCCCAGAACCCAGAGUGAUUGACAGGGAGGGUGUGUAUGAAAUCAGCCUGUCACCUACAGGUGUGUCUAGGGUGUGCUUAUAUCCUGGCUUUGUGGAUGCUAAGGAAGCUGACUGGAUCUUGGAGCGGCUUUGUCAGGAUGUCCCCUGGAAACAGAGGAUGGGCAUCAGAGAAGAUAUAACUUAUCCGCAGCCGAGACUCACAGCAUGGUAUGGAGAGCUUCCUUACACUUACUCAAGAGUCACUAUGGAACCAAAUCCUCACUGGCUUCCUGUGCUGUGGACUCUGAAGAGCCGCAUUGAGGAGAACACUGGCCACACCUUCAACUCCUUGCUGUGUAAUUUUUACCGGGACGAGAAGGACAGUGUAGACUGGCACAGUGAUGAUGAACUCUCCCUGGGGAGCUGCCCCGUCAUUGCUUCACUCAGUUUUGGUGCCACUCGGACUUUUGAGAUGAGGAAGAAACCCCCACCUGAAGAAAAUGGAGACUAUACAUAUGUGGAGAGAGUGAAGAUACCAUUGGAUCACGGGGCCUUGCUAAUCAUGGAAGGAGCCACACAAGCUGACUGGCAGCACCGAGUGCCCAAGGAAUACCACUCCAGAGAACGGAGAAUAAACUUAACCUUUCGGACCGUUUAUCCAGACCCAAGAGGAGUUCCCCGGUGACACGUCUGCAGAGUCGCCACUGAGGUGAGGGCUGUGCACCUCACAGCCCCUCGCCGUCUCCCAGAAGCACUUCCAGAAGCUGCUCCAUGCACUUCCGUGAUGUGGCUGUUUGGAAAUGGUGGUGUUUGCUUCUCAGGUCCUACUCCUCCUGAAUGAGAGCUGCCAGCACUUCAUGAUGUCAACAUGUCUACUACAGGAAGGGUUACUUUGAGACAACUCUUAAAUAAGGGUUAUCAUUAGGCAAAUUAAAAACUGCUCUGGCUGUGCUCACAGAUGAUUUGGUCCAAAAGCUUUUUUCCUCCUGCCCUGCCCCCUUUAAUUUGAAGAAAUACAAAUGGCCUUGUGCCUCUGGCAAAGAUCUGAA